UGUCACUUUCACAAAAACAAAACUGUCUUUGAGCUUUUUAAGUUUCCUUUGACUGCAACAACUGAAAUAAAUGCGUCUGCAACAAAACAGAUCACCAUGUCCCAGGCUGCCCCCUCUGAUGCAGACCCUUCUGCAGACACCACCCCCCCACCUGCCCACAUCGACACCGACUCCUGCCAGGAUGUCCCGGCAGCCCUUGAACCACCCUCAGCCCCUCCGCAGCCUCCUUUGAUCUCCGAGAGUUCCCUGCAGUCCACCGAGGAGAUGACCACAGAGGACACCGUGAAGACAGACACUUCAGAGGGUCUGAUGGAGCCUGCCACUGAGGGUCAGGUGAUCGAAUGUGACCAACCAGUGAGCUUGGAGGCAGAUACAGAAGCUGCAGAAGAGGAUGUGGAGGGAACACCUCAGGAGAAAGGAAAAGGGUGGGGAGGUUGGAGUUCCUGGGGAAAAUCUAUCCUGAGCAGUGCCACCUCCUCUGUGGGUCAGGGUCUGACCUCAGUUAAGGUGAAGGCAGGAGAGGCUCUGCGUCUCCACAAGACCUCAGUAGGAGAGGAGGCGAGAGAAGAAGAGACAGAUGAGGGAUCAGAGGUGAAGAGAGAGGCACAAGGGGAAAGUGGAGAGGCUGAACUGUCCACCUCCGGGGAGUCUUCCUCUGCUAGUACUGCAGCUUCUAACAGGGGCGUCUUCUCCACGAUCACCAACGCUGUGCAGAACACAGGAAAGUCAGUGAUCAGUGGAGGUCUGGAUGCCUUGGAGUUCAUUGGAAAGAAGACCAUGACUGUUCUUGCUGAGAGUGACCCGGGUUUCAAAAAGACCAAGACCCUGAUGCAGAAGACAGUUUCACUGAGUCAGAUGUUGAAGGAAGCCAAGGAGAAGGAGCGGGCACGUCUGAGCAACCAGCCAAUCAGCGCACCCACAGCUCACUACGGUAUUCUGUUUGACGACUACCAGGGCUUGUCACACCUGGAGGCCUUGGAGAUCCUGUCCAAUGAGAGUGAGGCGAAGGUCCAAGCCUUCCUCUCCUCCCUGGUGGAAGAAGAGCAGGACGAGGUGAAGAAGGAGCUGAUUUUUAUCAAGGACAUCUUCAUCAAGCAAGAAGAAGGAGAGGAAGAGCAAGAAGGGAAAGGAGGACAGACGAAGGAUAACGGUGAUCUAAGUUCCCAAUUACACUGUUCUACCCCCCUGUCGGCUGACGGCGAGGAGUUUAUGAGUGUUCUCACCGAGCUGCUGUUUGAGCUUCAUGUUGCUGCCACGCCAGACAAACUCAACAAGGCUCGGAUGAGGGCCCAUGAUUGGGUGAGUGAGGUGGAACAGCCUGUCACUACGGAUACAGUUGGCAGGGAAACGCAGGACCAGCCGGGAGGAGAGGCCUCGCCUGGAGAGAACGAGAAGGAGGAGACGAAGAGAGAUGGAGAGGAGCAAGGGGAGCAGAGGAAGGGAGAGGAGGAGGAGGAAGAGAAGGAGGAAGAGAAGGUGAAAGAGAAUGACCCCAGAUCUGUAGAGGCUGUCUACCUGUCAUCAGUUGGGAGUCUGGCUGAAGUCACGGCUCGCAGUAUUGAGCAGCUCCACAAGGUGGCAGAACUCAUCCUCCAUGGCCAGGAGCUGGAGAAACCAGCCAGAGACCAGGCACACAUCCUUGCCAGGUUGACAUGUGCCAUGUGCACAGAGGUGGACUGUUUGGCCAAAAAGUUUUCUGAUAUGCUGCUUCUUGUUGGGGGCCAAAAGAAAGCAGAGGAGUUGAAUCCGCUGGUAGAUAGCGUGCUGCUAGAGGGCUCCAACAGUACCACAUACAUCCAGAAUGCAUUUCAGCUGCUGCUGUCCGUCCUGCAGAUCUCACACAUCCAGAGCCAGAACUGCCGAACUGCCACAGAACCAGAACCACAGACACGACACUAACAUACACAUACACACAUGGCUAGCUGCUCACCCGCUUGUCUUAAUGUAUCUGUUGUUGUACAGAGAAGUUAUACAAAAUAGACUAUUCCAGACUAAGUGCUUAUAACUACAUUAUGUACCAUAGCUACAGACAGAAUAUUUUGUUUAUAUACAUAUAUAUAAAUAUAUACAUACAGUAUAAUAUAAUCUUGAAGAUAACAAUUUAACAAACAAGUACAUGUAGAAAUGGUCCACAUGCAGGUUGUAUGUGUGUCACUUCCACAUUGUAUUUCUGAUUGUUAUUUUGUCUGUUCUGCAGUUAAUAAAAAUUUAAAAAUUUUGCUUUGAGGAACCAAACUGUGUUCAGAGCUGUGACUCAUUCUGUCCGACCAACAAAAAUGUAUUUUCUAUUAUCUCCAAAAACUGAACCAAAAUCACAAAAGUGACUGAUUGUGUUGGAUGGACUCUACAUUAAUAUAAUUAAGCUUUCUUUGCACUCCUUAUAGUCCUUUAGUAUUUCAACAUUGUGACUGACAGUAGCUGAAAUGUUUUAAAUUGGUUAGAGUCCAUUAGCCAGUAUUACUGUCUAUGCUACAUGGUUUACUUUUUUUUUAAUGUUAAAUUAUAUGAAGCAACACUACCUUACAUAUACUCUUAUCCAGUUUGAUUUGAAAGGGAAAAAAAGAAUCUUUACACAAUAACUUAGAAAACAUUUAGUUGACCUCUGUGGAUCCAUUGAAGGUUUUAUGUAAAUGAAUUCAUCUCUAAUUAUGUUUUGUUAAUCAACACUGUCUCUCUGUGGGUUUUUUGUUAUGCUUAUACAUCCCAAAGAAGCUGCUGCUGUUUUAAAUUCUUCUUACCCUCCUGAAUAAAUUGUUUUUUGCAAGAAACUAGAUGUAAACACUUAUAUUCCAGAGGUGUAUAUUUUCUGUAUUAUUUUUCCUCUUUUCCUUGAAAACCUGUGGAAUUUAAAUUAUUCUAAGGCACCACUGUUUUUUUUGAAUAUCCACUGUUAAAUUGGCUCUCAGCAUCCAGCCUACAGCUAUUUAGAUCUCUGGAUGAUAAAGUAUUCUCUUCCCCUCCUUCCUUCAGCUUCUCCCCUUUUAAAGAUACAUUGAUGUGGGCAAAAAAGUUAAGCUAAGAAAAUAUUCAGUCCUGUCAUAAUGUUUUUGGCUCCUUUCGGCUAUGGCCAGAUGGUGUAAGGCUGUUUAUCAGCUGUGCUUCUGCCUUGGAAUACAAAAUUAUUUGUAACGUGGAAUGAAAGCCAAUUAAUUUAUUUAGGUUUGGACUGUUUACUAAUGUAUUAAGACAGUUUGAGAAUAAAAUGUUGCAAAUAAACAAGUUAAACCAUA